AUCUCAGUGUGCUGUGAGUCCAUUGCGUGCGCGCGCUACAAAUCUGCUUUCGUACAAUCAUGCGCCAGCUGUGCGCGAAAUUAUAAAGUCGAAUUUUUAUCAUUUUUUUUUCGUUUUAAAUUUAUUUAGAAUUUUACGACAGGAACGACAAUGUGGAAGUGUAUUAUUUUCGUUCUUGCGGUCACAACUUUCACUUGUUCUGAGGUUGGUGUCAAUUGAAUACUUUCAUUAGCAUUUAUUAAUAUGUGAAAUUAAAUUUCUAUUAUGCAUUUGUAUAUUUUAUUUAUUAAAUAUAGAUGCAAAUUAUUGAAUCGGUAUAUAUUUUUUAAUAACAGAAAAAAAAACGGUAAACUCAUACAUUGAGUUUGGAUUUGAAAUGAAAUCCGAUACGAUUUGAUUGAUUGAUCUAUGGUAUUUUUUAAAUAUUUGGUUUUGUGUGAAGUGAUUCAAGUGAAAUUAUAUUUUGUAUAAAGCAAUUAUUAAUAUUUCAUACAAAGUAUGUCCGCAUAUUUUUUAUUUUUUUUUUUAUUUUUAUAGGGCGACGAGGUUCGCGAAAGUCGACAGGUAUUCACUAAGAACAUCUUCGGUGGAGUUUGGGGGAAUCGCCCCCCUCUUAUCGAGCUAAAUCAACCAAGAACUACAUGCAAUUGCAAAUGUGGCGAAAGAAAUGAAGUAUCUCGGAUUGUUGGAGGCGUGGAAGCUGGCAUCAACGAAUUCCCAUGGAUGGCGCGACUUACAUACUUCAAGAGGUUCUAUUGUGGCGGUAUGCUCAUCAAUGAUAGAUACGUCCUAACUGCUGCUCACUGUGUAAAAGGAUUUAUGUGGUUCAUGAUAAAGGUGACAUUCGGUGAGCACAAUCGAUGCAAUUCUACCACCAGGCCGGAAACCCGCUUCGUUUUACGUGCCAUUUCUCACAAAUUCACUCUUAGCACCUUUGACAACGACAUCGCAUUGCUGAGGCUUAACGAAAGAGUGCCCAUCACUGACGCUAUUAAACCUAUUUGCUUGCCAUCUAUAAAAGAUAACUUGUACGUUGGAGUACAAGCGUUGGCUGCCGGCUGGGGCUCUUUAACUGAAGAAGGAAAGGUGUCGUGCACCCUACAGGAGGUGGAGGUACCUGUGAUGAGUAACCAGGAAUGCCGUAAAACUAAAUACACUGCGUCUAUGAUCUCAGAUAAUAUGCUCUGCGCUGGAUAUCCACAGACCGGGGCGAAGGAUUCUUGCCAGGGCGACAGUGGUGGACCCCUCAUCACCGAGAGAAAGUUCGACAAGCGGUACGAACUAAUAGGUGUUGUAUCUUGGGGUAACGGAUGUGCUCGGCCAGGGUAUCCCGGCGUCUACACAAGAGUCACCAAUUAUCUUGACUGGAUCCGAGAGAACACACAAGAUGCCUGUUAUUGCACAGAGUAACUGUAAUAAUAUCACAUAGGCAGCUCAAGAUUGAAAAAGGAAAUGUAUUAUACUUUCAUUGGUCUCACGGAUUUACUUUUAGUAAUAAAAUCUUAGACUGUUCAUCUACUGUAUAUGGAUAGGCAAAAAAAUCAGAAUUGCUAUUAUUUAACUGACAAUCUUGGAAAAUACUCAAUAAAGUUUUUGCUCCAGGAAUAAGGAUGCAUCUACCUAUAUAAAAUUUGUAUUUAAUUAGUGUUAACGGAAUAAACGUAACAUUAUCGUACAAAUUAAUUAGCUGUACAUUAAGAUAUUUAGAUAAUGAAAAACAACAAAUUAAUUAAUAAAGUUUUUGUACCAUUUUUUCUUGUGGGUAAAGUUUAUAAACUCAGAUGAUUUAUUCUGCAUUAAAGCACUUUAACAUUUGUUAUUACUGGUGCUAUACAUCCAUGGUAAAAUAACGACGGUCGCAUUGCAUUUAUUUUGUAGUUUGCAUUUAUUUUAGUUUGGGUUAUAUUUAAAAGAACAUCAAACUAAACUAACCUGAUCAACAAUACGAAAUGUGUACUAAAAACUUUCAUAACCUAAUAAUUUUAGGUUUAUAUUUAUUUUGGUGUUCCAAAUAAUAUUUCCCUGUUUAAGUUUUAUCCAUACGUCUAAGUACCUAUAAGUGAUAUAAUAUGCGUAUAUUUAUAAAUCCAUUGUCAAAGUAUUAAAGUCAUAUUUAUUUAUUUGAAGAAAAUGUACAAAAAGUAGGUUUUGUUAACACUAUAUACUGUUAUUAAUGUACACUAUAAUAAUCAUAAUUUAAAUUACAGUAUUAUUGACGAUUAUUUGCCCAAUACAUAUAAUUACGCUAUCCAACAUGCACACCUUCGAAAACAAGAAAUGUUUAUUGGAAUGUGCCCUUUGCUUUGGAGCUUACUAAUAUCAUAGAAUAAAUGAUAACCAAAUGCCAUACAAAUAAGUGUCAGUCUCCAUAUCUUAAUUUUAAUAUUGUAUAUAAUAUUUAUGAUACCAAUAAAGUACCUCAAAGUUAAAAACGACUCUUAAUUACGUUAUCUUAUAACAACGGUAGGUAUUUCCAUUUCAUAUUUUAACCCCUUCAAUGUCUAUUUCCCAUUUAUCUAAUGAUAGGUGACUUUUGUCCUUUCUUAAGGUUAACUUCUUUAGUAAAUUUUACUAAAACUGUUUUCAAUGAAAGAGUUUAGAGAUUUAGAGAUAGGUAUUUUCGCAUUUAUAAUAUCAGUGUGGGAGAGUUUAAUUGUGUAUUAUUUGCAAAUUAUUAAAUUCAUAAAUUCUGCCCCAAGUAACCAUGCGUACACUGUUAUAGACAGUGCUAAUUAUAUGUUUUAAAGUAGCAUCUGUGGUAGCAUGAUGCUAUAUGAUGUGGUACAUUAGGCUUACAUUUACA